CAGAGCCCUUCUUACGCGCGGUAAACAAAAUAUUCAAAAUUUCGAACACUGUAGAAUUUGAUUUUCUGAAAACGAAUUUACCGAAAUUUGACUAUUUGUUUCACGUAAUGGCUCAAGGAAGCACUAAAAAGAAAGCCAGUAGUGUUGCCAAGAAGGCGAAAACUCAGAAGAAAUCUUUCGGAGCAAAGAAAGGGGGUAAUUAUUGCUAAAUAUUUUACUAAAUAUUAAAUCGCUGCAUCAAAAAAUAUAAUUUUGGCGGGAAAUGUUCUGGACUCUAGAAUUUCUAAGUGUUACAAUUUAAUAAUUUCGAAUGCAUUCAAUGUUUACAAUAAUAAUUUGUUGUUUCUUUGGUUUUGUUUAUUGAAGUAAAAAUAAAGUAUUUUGUUUAGAACUUUGUUGUUAUUAUUUUAAUAAUUAACUAUAAUUUUUAAUGAUUAAGGUAGAACAAUCAAGCCAAAAAAAGGUUCAAAAACGUCUACAGCAGUCACUGUCAAGGAGGUUAGUAACCAAUGAUUGCUUAAUAACUAACUUUAUUUAUACUGGAUAUAGCUCCAUCAGUUCUAAACUGUUCUCCUUAGAGGUCCAGUAAGGAUCACAUAUCUUAUUGAUCCAGUGUUUAUGCAUGAGUCAAUUCCAGGAGUAACCAUCCCCCCCAGGAACACACCCGGGCAUUUGAUUUGAUUGGUUAUGAUAGUGUAAAUGCCCGGGUGCCGGGACACAACUUGAAGACUAAUGCACGGCCCUUGAGCAAGCUGAGAGUGGAAAAUGCCCCACCCCGGGGACGAUUUUACAGUCGAUUUCACGAAACUUUGACCACAAAUUGCAAAGUUCGGAAGCUCAUAUUGGAAUUCACAAGCCAAUUUGUAAACAAAGUCCCUGAUUGGUCCGUGAAGUAAAAGAAGCCAAUCAAAUGCGUAGCUUACAAACUGGUUUGUGAAUUCAUUAUGAACUUUUGAACUUCGCAACAAUCUUGUGAACUUCGCAACGAAGUUCGGAAAAUUUGUGGUCAAAGUUUCGUGAAAUCGACUGUAAACGUUAAUUAAACUUUUAAUGGCAUAUAAUCAUAGUCAUUUAAUAACAUUAUAGUAUUUUUUCUGUGUUGGUGUAGUGUACUCAGGUGAAUAUGAUAUUUGUGGUGUUACUCUGAGUCUAUAUCCACACCGGGCGAGCUUGAAAAAUAUGCCCGGCCACGGUGGGAUUCGAACCUACGACCUUUGGAAUACUAGCCCAAUGCUCUUCCAACUGAGCUACGCGGUCAGAACGGUUCGAGUAAGUGAUAUUUCGGAACAGUAUUAAACUUAUGAAUAUUAUAUGGAAUUUUAUAUGGAAUAUUAUGUGGAAUAUUAUAAAACUUAAACCUUUAAUAGUUGUAGUUAAAUUUGCAUGGCACAGGGUAUAAUUUUCGCUUAUUCUGACAAUAAAUUUCAUGCCACCUUGACCACGAGGGCACAAAAUACGAUCAGCGCGCCCACAUGUGUGCCUGAAACUAGGUUUUGCUGCCUUAAAAUUUGCGGGUGGGAUUCUGGGCAACCAUUUGUCAAAUCCCCGGGGUCCUUCAAUACCUGGCCCCCGUGCAAGUAUAUGAAAGGCAAAUUCCCGACCCCUGUGAACUGUCUAUCGGGCAAAUUCCCGGGGGUGUCCUGGGGGGGGGGGAUGGUUACUCCAGGAAUUGACUCAUGCAUUAAUACUACAGGAAGAAACCUGAACUAAACUAACUUUAUUUGUACUGAAUAGCUCUGACUAUCAGUUCUAAACUGUUCUCCCUGGAGGUCCAGUAAGGAUCAUCUCUUAUUGAUCCAGUGUUAAUACUACAGGAGGAAACCUAAACUAAACUAACUUUAUUUAUACUGGAUAGCUCUAUCAGUUCUAAACUGUUUUCCCUGGAGGUCCAGUAAGGAUCAUCUCUUAUUGAUCCAGUGUUACUACAGGAAGAAACCUAAACUAACUUUAUUCAUACUGGAUAACUCUAUCAGUUCUAAACUGUUCUUCCUAGAGGUCCAGUAAGGAUCAUCUCUUAUUGAUCCAGUGUUACUACAGGAGAAAACCUGAACUAAACUAACUUUAUUUAUACUGGAUAGCUCUAUCAGUUCUAAACUGUUCUUCCUAGAGGUCCAGUAAGGAUCAUCUCUUAUUGAUCCAGUGUUACUACAGGGCGAAAAAAGGAGAGCAGACUGUGAACAUAAAAUGAACUUAUAAUGAGACAACUGCAUACUGCAGGAAUCAAACCUCAGUCACAGAGAUGAGAGACACUCGCACUAACCACUGUGUCAGGGACACCCUGACAGUAUUCUGAAUCGUUUACCACUCUAUGAUCUAUCUUUUCCAAUAGAAAUUCGAAGUUCAAAUUAAGCAAACCAUAGAAACAACAGCAGUGAGCCAAGCACUUAAACAAGAACACAAACCUCUUAGCAUUGUCAAGUCUUCAACUGCGACGGCUAACAAGAAAAAUAUCAAGCGAAAGAAAGGAAAGGGGAAAAAGUAGAAAGCCAAGGAACUUGAAAACACAUGAAACUGUUCAUAGACAUAUAUAAACCAUAACUAACUAUAUAUCACUGUUAUCAUAUACUGUAUGCAUUACUAUGUUAGCAACUACUAUGAUACUAUUGCUUACAUCUACGAUGAACAGUCACACAAAACAUUGUUUAGUCUCACGUGAAGCUUUCAUGUUUGCCAAGGAUAUUUGACAGGUUAAAAAUCUGAUCAUGUUCAGCCAGCCUCACACCAAUCUUGUACCCAGAGCUGUCGACCACUUUCAACAAAUCAGGAGGAUUGUUUGUAAAAAUCGAGAGCCAAUAGAUUCUUUGACUUUGGGUGCAAGAUUGGCCCCACACUGAUUGACUGAGGUAAUUAAACCUGUGAAAUGCUCUUGACAAACAGUGCAGUUCCACGUGAAAAUAAGCGAUGUUUUUUUUAUUUUUUAUAUGCGAUCGAGUGCUGACCCUCGGAUAGAAAGGGUUGUAGUGGUCUAAAGGUGGAGCAAUUGUGCCCACGUACUGGUUUACUUUACAAUUGUUGAAAGGGAAGGAAAUGCUUCACGUAUAAAUGUCAUGAAUAAAAUGUUUCAUAAAAAGUAUUGUCUGUGUUUGACGUCAAUAACAAG